AUGAACGAUCUAUCCGAAUUCUCCACGACGGCUUUUGAGGGAAACUCUCGCAAGUUCAAUUUCAAGGUCAAAAUGGGUGUCCCUUUUUGCCCGUCUCAUGCACCUGUCGAGAUUACUCAAACAAUGCUUGAAGAAAAUCGAGAAGGGGGAAGUAUCAUCUGCGAAAAUUCCCACAAGACCGACUAUCCGUAUGCGGAUAUUUUUGAUAUCGUUCACAGGUAUGAAUUCAUCAAAACCGGCGAGACAAAGUCCCGAAUGAAAUUCUACUCCCGACAAGAAUGGCGAAAAAAGGUCCCUUUCGUGCGGGGCGCUUUGGAUGCUCUCGUCAAUCACAAACAAGGAACCUUCGUGAAGAACGUCUCAAAAGUCGUCAAAAAGUAUACAAACGAAGAAAUCAAAUCGCUGCUUUUGAAACUGCGUGAAUAA